AUGUUCGCAGUAAAAGGAUGGUCAGUCGACUCAAGUGCGCUUAAGACACAGCAAGCCGCUCAGCCCGCUGCCAAAAAGCCUGAGGAUGGCGCAACUGGACCCUCGGCGCAAAACAAGAAGAGAAAGAGAGGAGGCAAGGACAGAACUCCCAGAGAUGUCAACGACUCGAAUGUAGGCGACCUUUGGGCUACGACCAUUGAGGGCAAGAAGGCGCCCAAGAAGCCCAAGAUUGAGAAGAAGGAAAAGACCGAGGCUGACAUCAGACAGCAAAAGGCAAAGAACAAGAAGCGCCAAAAGCAAAGAGAAGAGAAGGAAAAGGAAGCCGCUUCAGCAGAAGCUGGCAAGGCCAUCGCCAACACUCCGGUCGCUCCUCCCUCGCUGCCCGUCAACGCCAAACUCACCCCUAUGCAAGCCGCCAUGCGCCAGAAGCUCAUCUCUGCCCGUUUCCGCCAUUUGAACGAGACCCUCUAUACCGCUCCCUCGGCCACCUCGCUCGCUCUUUUCGCAGACAACCCCGAAAUGUUCGACGACUACCACUCUGGUUUCCGCCAGCAGGUCACCACAUGGCCUGAGAACCCCGUCGACAUCUUUAUCCGCUCUAUUCGUGACCGCGCAAAAGUCAAGGUCUACAACCAGAACAAGGCAUUCCGAGACGUCAAGAGAGGAAAGGCUCCCAAAGAGGAGGAAGAACCAGCACCUGGUGAAAAGGCAAACCCUCUACCUCGCACACAUGGAACUUGUAAUAUCGCAGACUUGGGCUGUGGAGAUGCAAGACUAGCUGCCACUUUCCACGAAGACGGCAGCGGCACCCGCUACAACCUCAAGAUUGCCUCCUACGAUUUGCAAUCACCGAGCAAGUUUGUCACAAAAGCCGAUAUUGCAAACCUGCCCUGCGCAGAUGGAAGCAUGGAUGUUGCCAUUUUCUGCUUGGCCCUCAUGGGAACGAAUUGGAUCGACUUUAUCGAAGAGGCAUACAGAAUCUUGCACUGGAAGGGCGAAUUGUGGAUUUCCGAGAUCAAGUCGAGAUUCGGAAGAGUGGGAGGUGACAAGGGCAAGGGAGGCCAGAAGGUCGUCGAGCACAGUGUAGGCAACCGCCGUAAAGCUGCUGCAAAGGCAAAGGCUGCAGAUGCCACCCGUGCCAAACUCACCGCUGAGGAGGAAGAAGCUGCUCUUCGUGAGCACGUCGAUGAGGUUGUCACGAAAUCUUCCGAAGAGACGGAUAUCUCAGGCUUCGUUGAAGUCUUGCGACGAAGAGGCUUCUUGCUCAAGGACGAGAAGUCUGUGGAUUUGAGCAACAAGAUGUUUGUCAAGAUGGAGUUUAUCAAGGCUGCUGCACCUGUGGUGGGCAAGAACGUGCAGGAGGCUGGCGAAGAGAGGAAGGGCGAGCAUGGAACUUGGAAGCCCAAGUUCAAGAAGUUUGUCGAGGAAGAGACCAAGGAGGUCAGUGUCGAAGAUGAGACCAAGGUGCUCAAGCCAUGCUUGUACAAGAUCAGGUAG